AUUGGGGUCAAUUUUUGGGGGUCUCUGGUUGUUGGACGUCGUUGGAAAAUUAUCAAGACAUUGAUCUAGGGCAGAAUAUAGUCACAUGACUCGUGAACGAAGUCAAUCAUGAUUCGAUAUCUUGUCCUUAUUUGUACAGCCAUCGCCUGUACUCUCUGCUCCUGUCCACAGGACUGGGCGGAGUAUGACGGAGAAUGUCUGUUCUUUGGACACGAUAGAAGGGACUUUAUUGGAGCUGAGAAUGACUGCAAGCAUAGGCAUAGCUACUUAGCAUCCGUUGACAAUGCAGGAAAAGCCAACUUUAUACGACAGAUUCUCAGUGUAAUGCAUAGUAAUCGGCUAUACCGCUACUGGAUCGGUGGUACUGACUUCGCCAUUGAGGGCUCUUGGAGAUGGUUGGAGACAGGGUCAGCGAUUGGACCCUACACAAACUGGGCGGAUGGGCGCCCAACAAACAACGGCACGUUCAACUGUAUGAUGAUGGAAUGGGUGGGCGAUGGGCUAAAGUGGGUAGAUGUUGAAUGCAACCAUCGGGAUGUCACCUACAUAUGUGAAACAGCGGUGUCCAGUAGCUGAAAUCCAAACAGACAAUUUAUAUAUUUGAGAAAAUUGUUAAUAUAAUAAAACUAUAAGAUUUUAA